CUUUAUGUCGCGUCGGCUAACCAGCUAAUAUAGAAAGUGAAGUCUUUCAGAGUUGCAAGGGGGUACGACGUCCGCGACCAACGGCGUUUCGUGGUUUGGAAUUGCUGCUUGCGGUGUACAAGGCAACCGCAGGAGGAAGGUGUGCCUUCAAAAUGUCCUCAAAUGCAGAUAAUGGGCUAUGAUCACGUUAUGCAGGGGUUAUGGAAAGGCUACAAAAUUCUGCUGAAGCGCAACAAUACACUUUAUAUGCAGACAAUUCAUGCCCCAACAAACAGGAAUCAACCGGUGGAUUUGUGUUAGUUCAUGCAGCGUAGGCGUUGGGUGAGUAUGAGAAGAGAAGGGUGAAUGACAAGCAAAAAGCAUCGUGGGGGACGGAGAAGGGAAACAUCUGACAGCUGAGAGAAAACAUGAGCAGGUUACCAUUCAGAAUCCAAGGCAAAGGAGUAUAAGCUUGCAUGCAAAAGAGCUUGCCAGCAAGCUGUGGAUCAGCUCAAAGCAGGGGGACUUGCAGUUGAAGCUGUGGCUGCAGCGUUGGUUGAGCUCGAGGACUCCCCUUUUACAAAUGCGGGUAUGGGCUCUAAUCUUAACUUGUCAGGAGAAAUAGAGUGUGACGCCAGUAUCAUGGAUGGGAAAUCACUGCAUUAUGGAGCUGUAGGUGCUAUUAGUGGUAUUAAGAAUCCUGUCUUGGUUGCAAAUCGCCUGCUUAGUGAAGCACAGAAAGGGAAACUUUCAGCUGGCAGAAUACCACCCUGUUUUUUAGUGGGCCGGGGAGCACGCGACUGGGCCAUUAGCCAUGGUGUCCCACCAUGCCCCUCAGAGAAAAUGGCCACUAAGUUCAGUUUAUCUGCAUAUAAACGGAAUAAAAGAAAGAUGGAAGUGGCUGAGAAAAUAGACACAGGACUUCAUAGAACAAAGAAAAGCAGACAAUCAAGUGGAAAUAAAAAUGGCUUGGAGUGCCUUGACACUGUUGGAGCUGUCGUUGUUGACCUGCAAGGCAACGUAGCUGCAGCGGUAUCCAGUGGAGGUCUAGCGAUGAAACAUCCAGGCAGGGUUGGCCAGGCUGCUCAUUAUGGAUGUGGCUGCUGGGCUGAAAAUGCAUGCAAUAUGAACACCUACUCUACAGCUGUUAGUACCUCAGGCUGUGGAGAGCAUCUGAUUCGCACCAUGCUUGCACGGGAAUGCUCCGCUACCAUGCAGUCAGAAGAUGCCCAUCAGGCAUUGCUAGAAGCUAUGCAAAACAAGUUCAUAAGCUCUCCCUUUCUGGCCAAUGAAGAUCGAGUUUUGGGUGGAGUAAUUGUCUUGCGGUGCUGCAGAUUUCCAGAACCUCAGUUGUCUCCAAAUGAUCGGGGUCCUCUCGUGGAGUUUCUUUGGAGCCACACCACGGAAAGCAUGUGUGUAGGCUACAUGUCUGUUCAAGAUAGCAAAGCAAAGACACACAUAUCCAGAUUGCCACCUGGGACAGUUCCUGGUCGGUCCUUGGCCAUUGAAGGAGGUGUUUGUCGCCUGAAGAGCAUGGUGGAUUGAGUCCCAUUCUCUUCUUGUUGGCUUCUCAAGCAAUACUUUACUCACAAUGCAUUAUGAUUGGAAAUCCUGGAGAUAACAGGCUUGGAUGUUUCACUUGUACUUUGUGCACUUGCAGAACUUCCAUAUGCACCUGGAUUAUACUUGAUGCACCGUUGCCUUGAUGUACCACUUAUGGAUUUCUUCCUUUUUAUUGUAAAACAGCUAUGAUUUUGCGGUAAACAGGGUGUAUGUUAUUUUGUAUUGUUGCACAAAUGGGACUAUUUUUAUGUGAUUUCAACACAAAAUCCAAUAUAGUUGUAAAACAAAUGAUUUUCAUGCAAAAUAGAUCAAAUUAUGCACAUUCACAUUGGAGAAUACCUGCUACUUAAGUUACUGUAGUGAAUGGUGCCUUUAUAUCUGACCUAAUAUCUAAGUAAAAUUGCAAAGUUAUUACACUUGUACACACAAACAUGUACUGUAUGUAGUCUCAUAAAAUACAUCAUUGACCCAUAUUGUACGGUAACGAAUCAUAUGCUUCUUGGCUAAUAAAACGCAUAGAACAUUUACAACAUCGUAUUGUCUAUAUGAAAGUAGAUACACACCACUGCAUGUGUAUGUUCUCCACAUAAUCACCAAAAAAUCACUAAGAAAGAAGUAUUGCAUGCUGUAUGCACUUCCAGUGCUAUGCUAAUACUGUACUGCAGCAACCAAGAGUGAGUUAUCAAACCAUAACAAAUAAUUCAUAUUUAUAGCUGUACCGUAAAAAAUGCAUUUAUUUUGUUGUCAUAAAAGAUGGUUCAUCUUUAAUCCAUCCAUUUCUGAGCCGCUCAUCCUCACAAGGGUUGUUGGGGAGGGCUGGAGCCCAUCCCAGCCAUCUUUGAGCAGGAGGGCAGGUGCACUCUGAACUGUUUGACAGGCAAUCGCAGGAAACAUACAAACAAGUAACCAAAUACAGUAUUGUUGAAAAACUUCUAAUCUACAUUGCACAAAUUUCACUAAACUACAAUACUGUUUAGAGUCACAAUUUGUCAAAACUGCGAUUUUAACAACCAACAACACCAUUAGCACUUACAUUCACACUAAUGAGCAAUUUAGAGUCUUCAGCCAACCUACCAUGCAUGUUUUGGGGGUGUGGGAAGAAACCGGAGUGACUGGAGAAAACCCAUGCAGGCACGGGGAAAACAUGCAAACUCCACACUGGCUGGGCUGGAAUUUGAACCACAGUCCUCAGAACUUUGAAGCACACAUGCUGGGAAUUUUUGCUUUAAAUGGGGAAUAAAGUCCUGCCUUUGUUAAGACUAUUUUCUCUAUGAAUACAUUAUUCAAGUCUCAAGUCGAUAUGGUGGUUGUCAUAUAGCAAUGCACUUUUACGUCAAUGUAAAUAAAUGAAUAAAUGUAAAUGAACUUUUAGUUUAACUGUGUAUCUAUCUCAGGAGCCUUCAGAACUUAAGGUUUCUUGGAGUUGGACCAUUUCAAUUUCCAAAAAUGG